GAACAGGAAGAAUCGAUGUGGAGAGAAAAGGUGUUCGGGAAGGAGUCGGCAGAAAUGCUUCAACGAACCAUGUUUUUGUAUUCUGCCAAACUAUUUGGACUGCGUGCAUGCAAUGAACACCAUGACCUACAAUGCAGCCAAUUUGUUGUUGGGGAUGAAAAUGGUACUCCAUUUGUGCAGUUUAUUGGUACACAAUCAAAAACCUUUAAAGGGGGACUUGGUCACAUGAAUAUCACCAAUAAGAAUAUUAAACACUACUGCAAACCAGGUGAACGUUGUAUCGCUGAUUUCUUUGAAGUCCACCUUGACGCAUUAGCAAACGACGGACAUUUUCAUAGGAGACCACUCAAAGGUAUCCCCGGAACACCAAUACGAUACGGAAAUCAGCCGCUUGGCAUAAAAAAGUUGAAGUCAUUUAUGAAGGUGAUUUGUACCAAGGUAGGAUUGUCCGGUUACUUAACAAAUCAUAGCUGCAAACGCACGUGUGAAACACAGCUGUACAAUGCAGGAGUCGACGAGCAGGAGAUUAUGGCCAGGACAGGCCACAGAUCUCAAGCAGGGAUAAGGCAAUACAAGAAAACAUCUGCCGAAAUUUCAGCGACCGUGUCGGGAAUUUUAGACCCUCCAUACAGUAGUUCAAGCAUUGAAGAUUCUGCCGAGUCGUCUGUAGCUUCACAAAAGAAACUUCAAAUACCUUAUUGA